UCAUGUGAACAUGCAUCCAUGAAAGACAGCUCUAUCUCUGUAUUAUAUGUGCCUCUUAAGACAUAAAGAUGACAAAGGGCUGAUAGCACACAAUCUAGCUCUAACUUUCCCAGGUUCGGAUUUUUUGUUAGGGUUUUCAUUUUUCCCCACGCUACAAAAUUGGCUUGAAGAUGGUAAAAAAGAAAUUGAUACUUAGCGGUGGGACAAAAGAAUUCUGGAGAAGGAUUCCAUAUAUGUUGUGGGUUUUCGCCCAAAGUCAGUGAAAGGAGAUUGGAUUUUGUGUGGGUUUGUUUGUUCUGGCUUUUCUUUUUGCUGAUGCUUUUUUGGAAGGGAUAGAAGUGGUCAAGCUUGGUCCUACUCUGUUGAAUGGUAGGAAACUGAAGAAUAAUUUAUCUGGAUUUUUUAAAAGAAUGUUUUGGAGAAUCAGCUCCACUUUCUGGGUCAUAGAGAGAUUCUAUUCUGCCCAGCACUCUGCAAUUAACUUGCUCUCAGCAUAUACUUAGAAUCUUCAGGGAUUAAUGAGCUGAGAUUGAGUAGAAUCUAGUGGUUAAACAAGAUGAUAACAUUUAUGGAUUCGAAAGAUUCGGGUAGAGGAACAGAAAAGUGCUUAGAUCCUCAAUUAUGGCAUGCCUGUGCUGGUAGCAUAGUUCAAAUGCCACCUCUGAACUCGAAAGUGUUCUAUUUCCCUCAGGGGCACGCAGAGCACGCCUCCGGGAAUGUCCCCUUUGGCAAUUCAUCUUCAACCAUCCCAUCCUACAUUCCUUGCAGAUUCUCUGGUAUUAAGUACAUGGCAGACCCAGACACGGACGAGGUUUUUGCUAAAAUCAGAUUGCUUCCUGUAAGUGGAAAUGAUUCUGAUUUUGAUGGUGAUGGUGAAGAAAAUGACGUGGCGGCAGCUGAUAACUCUGAAAAACCAGCUUCUUUCGCAAAGACAUUGACCCAAUCAGAUGCCAACAAUGGUGGGGGGUUUUCGGUCCCGAGGUAUUGUGCAGAAACAAUUUUCCCGCGAUUGGACUACUCGGCUGACCCUCCGGUCCAGACCAUACUAGUGAAAGACGUUCAUGGGGAGACAUGGAAGUUCAGGCACAUUUAUAGAGGGACCCCGAGGCGCCAUCUUUUAACCACUGGAUGGAGCACUUUCGUGAACCACAAGAAGCUCGUGGCCGGGGAUUCAAUUGUGUUCCUGAGGGCGGAGAAUGGAGAUCUCUGUGUCGGGAUCCGAAGGGCAAAAAGGGGAAUCGGUGGUGGUGCGGGGGUGGAAGCUUCUUCCGGGUGGAACCCAGUGAGCGGCGGGAGCUGUGUUGUCCCGCCGUAUGGAGGAGGAGGGUUCUCUUCCUUUCUCAGGGAAGACGAGAACAAAUCACUGAUGAGUGGAAGAAACAAUGGGAGUAGGAAAGUGAAAGCCGAAUCGGUAAUUGAAGCUACUGAUCUGGCAGUCAAUGGAAAGGUGUUUGAGGUGAUUUAUUACCCGCGUGCCAGCACACCCGAGUUUUGUGUCAAAGCCAAUGUUGUGAAGGCGGCAUUGCAGAUUCGUUGGUGCACCGGGUUGAGGUUUAAGAUGGCCUUCGAAACUGAGGAUUCGUCACGGAUUAGCUGGUUCAUGGGAACCAUAUCUGCGGUUCAGGUUGCAGAUCCCUUACAUUGGCCGGAUUCUCCAUGGAGACUUCUACAGGUAACAUGGGACGAGCCUGAUUUGCUUCAGAAUGUGAAACGUGUGAGCCCAUGGCUGGUGGAAUUAGUGUCGAACAUGUCCGCCAUGCAUCUCUCCCCAUUCUCGCCCCCAAGAAAAAAAAUCAGGUUGCCUCAAAAUCUGGAUUUCCCCUUUGAUGGACCACAUCCUAUACCAGCUGCUGCUUAUUCCACCAACCACCACCACCUUGUUGGUCCUAACGGUCCGUUUGGUUGUCUUCCCGGCAACAACACCCCCCACCUUGCUGGCAUGCAGGGAGCCAGGCAUUCUCAAUAUGGAUUAUCCUUGUCAGAUCUCCAUCUCAAUAAUAAACAAGUUCAGUUUGGGUUUUUCCCAGUCGGUUUCCAUCAGCUGCAUCAUUCGGCUGCUAGACCGACCUCUAGUCCGACCAUUUACGGUCCAACAGUCAACAAGUCUGAUGAUAUCUCAUGUCUGUUGACCAUGGGAAACUCUUCUCCACGAACAUUGAAAAAAAAGUCUGAUGCUGUCAUGGGCAGGAAAGCACCGUUGAUUCUUUUCGGUAAAGCGAUUCUCACGGAGCAGCAAAUCUCCUUAAAUGUUUCUCCGAUUCGUUCAGGCAAUAGCUCCUCCUCAUCAGAUGGAAACAAGUUUGUUAGUGAUUGUGGUGGUUUCCCAUUUGAGCCUAAUUUAGAGACCGGCCAUUGUAAGGUUUAUGUCGAUUCGAACGAUAAGGGACGCACCCUCGAUCUCUCGUUACUUGAGUCGUAUGAGAAACUGAAUAAGAAAUUAGCGGAUAUGUUUGGGAUUGAAAACUCCGAGGUUAUGAAUCAUGUGUUAUAUCGAGACGUCACGGGUGCAGUCAGACACCUUGGUGAUGAACCUUUCAGCGAGUUCAUGAAAACUGCACGGAGAUUAAAAAUUAUAAUGGAUUCAAGAAGCAGCAAUGACGUGGUAGGAGCAGCAUAGAAGACAUUAAAAGCUUCGGCUUAGGAUUCAGUUUGUCAUAAAUCCUACGUAUAAAACUCCAAAUGCUACGCUUUUUGUUCUUUUUUAAGUUUAUAAUACUGUAUUAGUUUUAAAUAGAUCUAAACACAUGAUAUGAUACAUAUGAUGUUCAACUCAACGGUUGGUGGACAAAUGUCAUCUCUAUUUUGGUGAGCCAUUAUUGACGAUAUACGAAAGAGCAUCUGCUGAUUUAAUUGUUCUCUGUGGUGUUUUUUUAUUAUUAUUACUAUUAUUAUUAUAGUUAUAAUUC